AUGUCGGCGGUGAUGAGCACCCUCUCCAUGAUCAGCGGUGGUCGGCGAGCUCACAGGAAACUUGCCAGUCGCAAGUCGGGUCAAUAUUCUGAUGCGGGCGAGGAUCGCACGCAACAUGACCUCAGCAAGCAGCAACGAUCGACUUCUCUACAAGCCCUGGAGACAGGAGGGGUCGUCAACCUUGAUAAUCUGGAGGCCAAGAUGGCCAGCAUCGAGGUGUCAUUGGGCGGGUCCCGGCGACGCAGCGCGGGCGCACGCGACUCUACACGCGAGUUGGAAGUAUUGCGUGGAGCUCUUGCUGACAAAGACACCUUGAUACAUAAUCUCAAAAGGCAACUGAGUGCAUCGUUAAGUGCAGCCCGCUUAGCAACUGAAGCUGUAUCACCAAAGCCUCUGAGAAAUUCUGAAGAAUGCCCUGCAUCUAUAUCUGCGGAUGAAAAGCGAGCGCUGGAAGAAAGGGCGGCCACAGUUCGUGCAGAGCUUGACGCCAGGCGAGCCAACAUACAAGAGUUGCGGAGACGGCUUGAAAAGACACAUGUCACGGAUAACAUCGACACGCGGAUCGAGCAAGCGGAAUUGCAAUACCAAGUGGGACGAGAGGAGUUGGAGCUGCUGACUCUGGGGGAGCAAGCGCGGGCUCUCUCUUUGCUUAUUGAACGAGCGGACCUUACCAACCAAACACUUUACAGUACUGUACGAGAGUUAGGAGGCAACGCGACUCUGUUGGCGGCUGAAGCUCGCGAAGGCUCGUGGGGCGCCUCCUCUCGAGGGACUGGAGUAGUCCUUGAAUGGGCAAAUCAUCCCGCGCUCAAAGCGGGUGACAGGCUGCUAGAAGUAAAUGGCAGUAGUGUCCUACAGUGCAGCCUGGAGGAGCUUCGCCGAGUGAGCACGUCCGGAGACCCAGCGCGGUUAGUAGCACUGCGCGGACCAACGCACGCCUCACCUGCCUUUACACAGAACGAGGCGGCAUCAUUGCGAUUAGAACUAGAAUCUUUAAAGAAUUCUGCAGAAGAAGCGGAGAAAGCUAAGGAUGGGCUUCGGAGUGACAACACGCGACUCACGCACCGGAUAUCCUACCUCGAAGAGCAGGUCGCCGAGUUGCUGGCGAGACAUACACAGUUACGCCCUGGCAGUAGCAACGACAACUGCAUCACGGUCAAUAAAACAAAGAAGAACGUCACCAACAUCAAUAUCACAUCUGAGCCGCAAACGGCAAGACAAAGUAUGAAAUCAGAAGUGCAAGUGUUUCAGAAGGGUCCCGACAUCACGGCAAUCGUGGCCAAGUUGCCAGGCCUGGAUAGCUCCGAGGCGAACCUGCCCGUGAUGCGGCCGCGGUCCAACGCCUCCGGAGCCUCUUCUCGACUGGCGCCCUCCCCGCGGACCUCCCCCGCGCCUCAUCCUCGCUCCCACAGCUCGCACAGUCUCGAGCAUCGCGCCGGUCGAAUGAGACACUCGCUCUCCCACCACUGCAUACACGCAGAAGACUACGGCACCGAGACCGAUGCCGCCAUCCGCAUGAUCGAGCGCAAUCAGAGACACAUGGAGAAGCAACGCCUCCAAACCGACAAACUGAGUCGUUCCAAAACCGAACAACACUUUAGGUCCGACGGCGACAUCGACAGAUCCGAUUCGGACACCCGGCGAGACAUUAAAAAGGCGGCAGAAAGGAUAGAAGAGAGCAUAAAAAAGACCAACUGGGCCGAAAGAAAAACUUUAUCAAUAAUCGAGCAACUCAAACGCUCGCAACGAUUACGGAAAUUGAAAAAGAACGAAAGCUCCGAAGACAUCCAGAUAGAAUCGCAUUACUCGUAUAACAGAAUAGACGGAAAGGUUAUCGAAAAUGCUCAUAAAUCGAGUCGGAGGACGUCCAAAGCUUACUCUAGAAGUGCAAAGUCUUCAGAAUUUGAAUCGGAAUCGGAUUUCCCCAACGACAUCUAUAGCAGCUCACCGCGAUUAGAUUACGGGUCGGAGAGUUGUUCGAGGUUAAGCCACUACAAGAAAAACGACGAUAGAAGGGACGACACCAAGCGGCCGACCCCGCCGCGCAAACCUCUGAGGCUGUCGCUGCAUAAAGCCAAAAGUGCACAUUCCUUGAUGAACGGAAGCGAAACGGAGCGGAGUAGACCGCCGUCGGUCGUAGAGGCCCAGGAGAUCACCAAGAGACCGGUGAAGAGAAGUCACGGAGCGGACAAGAGCAGGGACAGGGUCCGAGACGGCGGGAGAGCCACUCCUCGGCCUUCGAGGAAGGUGCUCAACGGCCUGAGCGCGUGCGACGCGCCCGCGGCGGACGACUUUUAUCCCGACAAUCACGCGCCGCGACGGCUCAACGGACAAGCACGCUCCGACAGGUGGUGCUAG